GAAACACUGGAGUGUGCCCCAGCAGCACGUCCCCUGUGCCCUUCUCUGUGUGGAGAUGCCUAGUGGUCGGGUGCUACCAAGGCUGUCAAAGGUGCUGGGGCUCGAGGGUGACAAGAAGUCCAUCGUAAAAUUUGAAUUUAACCCCAAAGAUGGGAUCGACAACCCUGCCUUGUCGCUGGCUGAGGACAUGGAUGGUGAAGGUGUUGGGGAGCCCCGCUUCUACCUCCUGAACAAGGGCAGUACAGAGACCUAUGGCUUCUGCCUCCACGAGGAGCUGGGCUGCCAGGGCCACAUCAUCCGGCAGGUCGAGCUGGGAGGGCUGGCCCAGCGCAGGGGGCUGCAGGAUGGGGACCGGCUCCUCCAGGUCAAUGGCCAAUUUGUGGACCACAUGGACCACCGCAGGGUGGUGCAGAAGAUCAAGGCCAGCGGGAACCAGGUUCUACUGGUGGUGCUGGAUGGGGACUCCUAUGAAGCAGCCAAAGCCCUGGGCAGGGACCUGUCCCAGAUGCUGCCAGCUGACAUGCGCCCACGCCUCUGCCACAUCACGCGGGACAAAAGCGGUUUUGGCUUCAGUGUGUCGGGUCCAGAAGGCGUGAAGGGCACCUUCCAGCUGUCAGUGCGGCAGGACGGGCCAGCGGAGAGGGCAGGGGUGCCACCAGGCUCCUGGCUCCUGGAGCUGAACGGGGCCAGUGUGAGGAGCUACUCGCACACGCAGCUCGCCAGAAAGCUUAAGCAGAGCGGCAGCAAGGUGACGCUGCUGGUGGCAUCCAGUGCCGUGGAAGAGUUUUACCGCCUGCGGGGCCUGCGGGUCACGGCCGCCUUGGCGGACACCUCCUGGCUCCCCUUCAAGGUCCGUGAGCUGCACAUGGUGAAGGGUCCAGCUGGCUACGGGUUUCUGCUCAAGGAGGAUGACUGCAUCUCAGGGGCCAUAGGCCAGUUCCUGUGGGAUGUGGAUGCGGGGCUGCCAGCUGAGCAGGCAGGGAUGAAGGAAGGGGACCGUCUCCUGGCCGUGAAUGGUGAGAGCAUCGAGGGGCUGGACCACUACCAGACAGUGCUCAGGAUUCGUGCCCGUGAUGACCAGGUGACGCUGCUGGUCAUUGACCCUGCCGGUGAUGAGUUCUACCAGUCGAUUGGGCUGUCCCCUCUGCUGUUCUUUGAGGACAGUGACCCUGCCUCAGGCUCCUGCAUGCCCUCCCUGCCCUCUCCUAGUGGGUCCCCUGGACCCUGUCACGUUGAGGUGGGACCAAAGGGACCUGGCUCCUGGCUGAUGGCUGCUGCCAACAGCAUAGAGAUCACACAGAGUCUGCGCAAGGAGGAGCACAGGAGGUUGCACCAGGCAUUCUAGUGGCUCAGGACCACCCUGCCUCCAGCCACAUCGAGCCCAUCGCUGCCCCACGCCUGGCUCCUCGGAAAGCACAGUGCUGCUCAGCAUGGCUGUUGCACGAGUAACUGCUGUGUCUCUGUGCCCGUGAUGGGGCUCACACUCCCCAGAGACUCAUCUCCACUGACCAAGGCUGGCUCCAAGCUUUUAUUGACCAUGGCGGUGGCUUCCUGUAACCUGAAGACAGACCCGUGUCUUCGCCUGCCCAGCUGCCUCCAGGGAGAUCUAGGGACAUUGCACUGAAGCCCUUGCCCAGCUCCAGGCUCUGGCAGCUCCCAGGAGAGCUGAGCCGAGCCUGCCCUCCGUGGCAUGACCCAGGGGACUGGGGAGCAUGAGGCUUAGCUCAGUCCAGGGAUGGCCUUUGGGCCAUUGCGUGAAGGGGAAUGGGAUCAGCAGAGGCCGAUGGGGUAUUGGAGUAACACCCCCUCCUCUCAGCCUGUUGGUUCGGGUUUGUCCCUGCAUGGACAUCUUUCUCCUCCUCUUCUCCUCCUCCCUGUGAACCCGUGGGCAGUGAGUGCCCGCUACCUGUCACCGUGCUGUUCCUGUGUCACCCAUUUUGGGUGUGAUUAAAGGACAAAUCCACGCUGCUG